AUGUGUCGGGCACGUCGCGCCUACGUCGUAAAGCCAAAGAAGGCCCGAGGCCGGUACCGAGCACGUCUGCCUAUUCGGAACAACAACGGGACAGGCGCAAUUGAAUGGUAUAAGCGAGCGAGACGGAUAUUUGAGACCUGUCAUCUGGAGUCCAGGACAUGCGCUUGCGACGGGCGCACCCUCUCCGAACCGAACCUAAAGACUGCGGCCGCCCACUUUGUCCCCCAGCAGGGAUCUGUCGUUUGCCGCCUGGCGCUGCAUGAUCUGCGCCAAAUCUCGCAUGGGCGGGCGCUACAGUGUGGAUCGCUGUCAUCAGCGCUGUUUGCGCGGCGUGCCCUAGCGUCUCUCGGCGACAACGGGAAUCGGCUGGAGGUCCUGUUCAUGCACCCUGACCGUCGGUCCUCGAGAACCGUUGUUGAGGACAGACCAGUGGCCAUUGAGGGCCAGCAGGCUGUCAUACAGGACGUCGUUAUCUCGAUGUUGUUGUCGAGUCUACGUCUACCUAAGUAUGGCAGGGAGCUCAACCUGCCUUCAUUGCUCCAGCUAGCUAUCCCCGCGCUUUAUCAAACGAGUUCUGUUCCUGAUAUGGAAGCGUUAGGUACCAGCCCUCAUGACAGUAUGACUGGAUUGGUUGCGGUCCUCGAUGACCAAAUACCACGCACGGUGAAUGGUAUCACCUCUACCAACCUGGAUUUGCUCCUGCGCCUUGCGAUGGUAUCCACUAAAGUUUUAACGCAACAAUCCGCAGAAACGGGAGCAAGCCUAGCUCAGCCGCGGUGCCUAAUGACGGCUCGAUCAUCAUAUUUGUCGCAAAAUAUGUUGGGGCGCGGUAAAAGCGGAGUCUCCUGCUUCAACGUGAACGAUGCCGAGAAAUCACCAGUGUCAGGGCCGAUUGAGCGGUCUGCCCUAGCAUCUUUCAGCGACAACAGGACUAAGCUGGAGGAAUGGGAUCAUUCGAUGUGGCGUCUGUCUAUCAGUGUCCCCCUCUCCAGGAACGCAUGGAGACGUGUCGCGCCAUACGGACGUCUGGAUAGACUGUCCAUAUACGGGCAUCGGCCUCUCAGGCUGCAGCGGUGGCUUGUCAGAGACCGCCAGAGAAGCAUCCUUAUCCCUCGAUAG